GGACACUGAUUUUCCAGGGAUUUUGACCGAGGAUGAUAUAUCCGUGUAUACCAAUGGAAAAGUUCAUGAUUUGGAAUUGCAUGUUGCCCGAUAAGGAGCUUACCAGCGAGCUUCAGCGAGGGCAAGAUAGUUUGGACGUUAGAGUUGGCCAUCAGUCCGGGCUUGAGAUUACCGAGAUGCAGUCACGCAGAGAUCUGCAUGACGCCUCGAACUCAUUUGCGGGGUUCGCAAUCUAGACUUCAGCAUCGUCCACAUCCCUUGCUAAUGUACCACACAUGAGUGGUUUCACAUAAGCUGUAGGUUUUACUGCAUGCUCCGCUGCAUGAGGUAAGUCCCCGCGGUGCGACGUGCUCACGCAUGCUACAAAUAUGGCAAUCAAGCGACUUCGUGAAGUCGUUCCCAGGUUGGAUUCCUCCUGCAACAACGCAAACCUCCUGAGAUACAGCAAUCAUGGCAGCACCUAGCACUGGCAUGCCCAUUCGCAACCAUGCGGAGGACGGGCAGAAAGUCAAAGGCGAAGGCAGGAAUUAUAUCAAAUGGGAUGACCCGAGCGUGCAGAGCAAGCCAGAAGACGAAGAUGAAGACAUUCAAGCUGUUGCAGACAUGAUCAAUGAGAUCCAGAAGGCACAGUACAACUCUCACAGGCACUGCUAUACUGGAACGCACGCUAGAACCCAGGGAAUCAUCAAAGGCACCCUGAAGACCGAGCCAAAUUUACCUCCUCACCUCAAGCAGAGCAUGUUUGCGGAAGAAAGAGAAUGGCCCGUCAUUUGCAGAUACAGCAGCGAACCAGGUGACCCUGGCCUCGACGACCGCAUUCCCCAGCCACGAGGCUUUGCCAUGAAAGUCUUCGAUGUCCACGGCGAGUUCUUUGACGCGGGUAAAGAUAUACCAACGCAAGAUAUCGAAUUCAACUCGACGCCAGCUAUUGAUUUGGCAACGGCUAAGGUGACGCGAGAGAUCAUCGAGCUGCGCAUCAAAUAUGGCAACAACCAGUCUGAACUCUACAAGCACCUCGAAGCUAGGAAGGACACAGAGUUGCAAAAGGCCAGAGACACGGUUUACAACACCCAUCUCGAAUCGACUCGGCAGUAUUCCCAAACUGCGUAUCGAUUUGGUGCCUAUGUCAUCAAAUAUUGCUUGGUGCCCAACACUGAGACGCAGAAGAAGCUUUAUGAAGAGACGGUAAAACCAGCAGACGGUCCCGACAUUCUGCACCGAUGGCUGAAGGCUUUCCACGAGGAGCAUGAUGCCGAAUAUCUGUUCCAGGUCCAGUUAUGUGAGAACCUUGAGGAUCAGCCCGUGGAGUAUUGUGGUAAAGUAUGGGAUCCUGAGAAGUAUCCAUGGCAGACUGUGGCACGUUUGACGGUGCCCAAGCAAGACAGUUUCAACUACGCGCUGAAGAACUUCUGGGAGGAUAGACUCAGGGUCGAUCCAUGGAUGGGCUUGAAGACUCUGGAGCCCCUUGGAGGUCCAAACAGGCUGAGAAGAGUGGUCUACCCGCAAAGCAGUGCUCUUAGACGGAAGAUGAAUGCAACAACAGAGGUCCAUAUCAAAAGUAUGGACGAAUUACCUGUCCAUUAGGGAGGUGCGAAGGUCAUGCAGACGUAUAUCGAAAUGUCAGAUUUAAUAUGAGGUCGAAGACUAUUCCAGCUCCUCAAUCGACAACAGAAUUGGUGUAAGGCUUAACCUCGGCAAGCCGUUCGGGGCACCCGAUAUUUGCUAGACUAGACUUGAUGACCUCAUUCAACG